AUGGAUACUCUCUUUAGGCUUGUCAGCCUCCAAAAACAGCCCUCCCACCACCACCACCACCACCACCAUCCUCUGACCAACUCCACCAGCAGAACCAAUUCAAACAGUUCUAAAUCAUCCAACCACCAUACAACCACUCCACCAUUUCACUUUAACUACCAACAAGAAGAAGAUCAAGAAGAAUGCUUCAACUUUUUCAUGGAUGAAGAAGAUUUCUCUUCUUCUUCCUCACGGCACCACCACCAUAACCAGUACUACUCUUCUCAACAAACACCUUUCCACCACCAGUCUUCUAAUACGCCAACUCCGACCACUAGCACCACCGCCACUCCGCCACCGUUGUCCCACUAUGGCGCCUUUUCUUCUUCUGAACACCAACAGUCUUCUGAUCCCAAUAUCAACUACUCUUACUCGCCGGCACGUGAUGUCACCAUGGAGUUUUCGAAUUCUUUCACCGUCAACAGCUGGGCUUCCGACGUGCUUUUGGAGGCUGCACGUGCCGUGGCGGAGAAAAAUAGCGGGAGGUUGCAGCAGCUGCUGUGGAUGCUUAACGAGCUGAGCUCGCCGUAUGGAGACGUUGAUCAGAAGCUAUCGUCUUAUUUUCUUCAGGCGCUUUUUAGUCGUAUGACGGAUUCCGGCGACCGGUCUUACCGGACUUUAUUAUCGGCGUCGGAUAAAAUGUGCUCGUUUGAGUCAACGAGGAAACUGGUGUUGAAGUUUCAAGAAGUCAGCCCUUGGACGACGUUUGGACACGUGGCGUGCAAUGCUGCCAUCAUGGAGGCGUUCGACGGCGAGAGCAAAUUGCAUAUAGUAGAUGUAAGCAACACUUACUGUACCCAAUGGCCGACUUUGCUUGAAGCCAUUGCAACACGCACCGAUGAAACACCACAUCUCCGUCUUACCACGGUUGUCGCCACCAAAUUGGGCGGUGGCGCCACCGUUUCCGGCAGCGCAGUGCAAAAGGUUAUGAGAGAGAUCGGAAAUCGGAUGGAAAAAUUCGCCAGAUUAAUGGGUGUUCCUUUCAAAUUCCAUGUAAUACAUCACACCGGAGAUUUAUCGGAAUUGAAUUUGAGCCAAUUGGGUCUCCAAGAUGAUGAAGCUCUUGCUAUUAACUUGAACGGCACGUUACGUUCCGUCAGCAAUCAUCGGAGAGAUUAUUUGAUAUCGACGUUCCGGAGUUUGAACCCCAAAAUCAUCACAAUCGUUGACGAAGAAGCUGAUUUAGAAGUGGGUACCGAUGGGUUUGAAUUCGUGAGAGGGUUUCAAGAAUGUUUACGAUGGUUUAGGGUUUACUUCGAAGCUCUCGAUCAGAGUUUUCCAAAAACAAGUAACGAACGGCUGAUGCUGGAAAGGGCUGCGGGACGAGCGGUGAUGGAUUUGAUAGCAUGCUCACCGGCGGAGUCCAUGGAGCGGCGGGAGACGGCGGCUCGGUGGUCAAGUAGGCUCCAUGCAAGUGGAUUUGGUCCGGUUUCUUACAGCGAUGAAGUGUGCGAUGAUGUUCGAGCUCUGCUAAGAAGGUAUAGGGAAGGGUGGUCGAUGAAUCCGUCGGAAGCGGCGGCCGGAAUAUUCUUGACGUGGAAAGAAACGCCGGUGGUGUGGGCUAGUGCAUGGAAGCCGAUAUGAUUGUGACUUCCACUAAAAGCAAGAAAGAAAAAGAAAAGAGAAAAAGCUGAUGGUGGCACGUGCAUGGGAUGAUGUGUUUUUAUUUUUAUCUUUUCACUUUUUUUUUUGGGAGAACUGAAAAUUU